ACCAAGAACCCCGGCCCUCCUCUCCCCACCGCGCAGCAGCCCACCGCAUCCGCCCUCCGUCACCGGCGACGAUGGACCACUUCCAGGACGGGCACCACGUGCGGCUGCGGAGCCGCGUGCAGCGCACCUACCUCCACGCCGCCGCCGACGGGGAGAGCGUCACCCUCAGCCAGCCCCGCGCCUCCAUGAAUGCGGCGUGGGCGGUCCACAUCUACGACGGCGGAGACGGCGAUGGCGAAGGAGACGGCAAUGGAGACCGCGACGGCGACGGCCCGUACCUGCUCCUCCACAGCGCCGCCUACGGCCGCUAUCUUUCCGCCACGGCCACGCCGGCGAGGCGAGGUCACCACGGCCUGCGAGCGGAGCUGCGCGACUACGACCAGCCGGAGGUGGAGGCCAUCAAGUGGCGGGCCGUCGGGUCGGGCUUCGCGGACGACGUCGUCAUGCUCCGCCACGUCGGCGGCAGCUACCUCCGCGCCAACGGCAAGUACCUCCCCUGGAACUCCACCGGCGUCAGCGUGGACGACAAGGCCAGCUCCAUGAUGUACUGGAUCGUCGAGCCCAUCCCCUUGAGAGAGGCGGGCAUACCUGCCAUUCCUGGCCCGCUUCCGACUCCCCUAAUAGACCUCUCCGCCAUAUUCACGCGCCGGGGAGCGGAACGGGAGAUCCGAGGCGUCGAGCCCAUCCCGGGAGAGGCGGCCAUGCCUGCCGAUCAUAGCCCGAAUCGCCCAAUAUUCUCCGCCAUAUUCAGUUCUCGCGGACGGCGCAUCCGGUUCGUGCUGGCGCUCGAGGACGGGUACUACCCCGAGGAGGUCGACGCCGACGACUGGCGCCAGUUCUGGUUCAGGGGGAGGUCCGCGUUCAGCCUGAGAGGCAACCUGGCGGCCCACAUCGACGAGGACGACCCGAACAUCGCCAUGUGCGUCCGAGCAGGCCACCACGGGAGGCUGACCCCGCUCGUCGUCAACCUGCCCGACGGUGGCUAUGGCGGGACCCUCGAGAUCGUCGUCUUCCUGGCCGGGACCCCUGGCUACGAUGCGCUGCGAUACCCAGAUGUCGAUGCACAGUAGAGGAAGAUCAGAGCGGGAGUCCGACAGUUCACCUGUUCACAAGUUUCACUGCCUCGGAUAUGAUGUCGUCAACUUUUGCCUAUAGAUUGAUAGAUACAGAUUCAGAAAACUCAGCAGCUCUAGAACUACAGAAAGCGUUGCGACCAAUGGCUGAACAAUUUUGUUGUGAUGCUGGAAUGUAGUA